AUGGAAACGGGGAGUGCAGCCAGGACAAACGGCACCGCCAGCAAGCCCGAGGACGUGAAGAGCCCAACUACCCCCAAAAAAGAAGAGGAGGCCAAGAAGGCCACGAGCCCUGGCGGAGGCGAGAAAGAAGCUAUAAAAGGCACGGGCGGCGCUGCGUUGGAGACAGGGCAGAUCAAGAGCUCCCUCUUCUCUGGGAGUGACUGGAAGAGGCCCAUCAUUCAGUUUGUGGAGUCAUCCGACGAGAAGAGGUCAACCUACUUCAGCAUGGACUCGGCCGACUCCAAGAAGAUGCAGUUCAACAGCGGCCAGAUCGGAGACAUGAGGAGACCAGGCCUCAACUUCCCGGAGAAGGGAGACCUCAGGAAGUCCCUGUUCUCCUUGGAUUCCAAAAAGAGCUUCCUGCCCGCUGACGGGGAAGGGAGGAAGUCCCUGUUCUCUGCGGGGGACCUGAAGAAAUCCUCCCUGCCGCUGGUGGAGACGGGGGACCUGAGGAGACCCUUCAACAAGGCCGAGCGCGCGGCGGGCUCGCGGCCCCGCGUGAAGCUGGAGGACGUUCUCUGCGACUCCUGCAUCGACAACAAGCAGAAGGCUGUCAAGUCCUGCCUGGUGUGCCAGGCCUCCUUCUGCGAGCUGCACCUCAAGCCCCACCUGGAGGGAGCGGCGUUCCGGGACCACCAGCUGCUGGACCCCAUCAGGGACUUCGAGGCCAGAAAGUGCCCCGUGCAUGGCAAGACCAUGGAGCUGUUCUGCCAGACAGACCAGAUGUGCAUCUGCUACCUCUGCAUGUUCCAGGAGCACAAGAACCACAGCACGGUGACAGUGGAGAUCGAGAAGGCGGGCAAAGAGACCGAGCUGUCUCUGCAGAAGGAGCAGCUGCAGCUGAAGAUCAUCGAGGUGGAGGAUGAGGUGGACAAGUGGCAGAAGGAGAGGGACCGCAUCAAGAAUUACACCACCAACGAGAAAGCCACGGUGGACCAGCACUUCAAGGAGCUGAUCCGUGACCUGGAGAGGCAGAGGGAUGAGGUGAAGGCUGCCCUGGACCAGAGGGAGAAGAUUGCCUCGGAGAACGUGAAGGAAAUCGUGGAUGAGCUGGAGGAGAGGGCGAAGCUGCUGCGGGAGGACAAGGAGAACAGGGAGCAGAUCCACCAGAUCAGCGACUCCGUGCUCUUCCUGCAGGAAUUUGGGGCUCUGAUGAGGAAUUAUGUGCCCCCUCCAUCCCUCCCAACCUACAGCGUGCUGCUGGAAGGGGAGAGCAUGAGCCCAUCCAUGGGGCUGCUCAGGGAUGAUCUCCUCAACGUCUGCAUGAGGCACGUGGAGAAGAUCUGCAAGGCAGACCUGGGCCGCAACUUCAUCGAGAGGAACCACAUGGAGAAUGGAGGGGAUCACCGGUUCAUGAUGAACAACUACGAGUGGAACCAGCCUGACAACCUGAAGAGAUUCUCCAUGUUCCUGUCUCCCAAAGCCAAUUUCAACCCACGGUCAUGGGAAUUUUCCUCCUUCCAAGCGACCGAGGAAACACUUGUAGGCAAUGGCACUAAGCUGCCUUUUCAGUUCUCCUCGGUGGGACAGAAUCCGCCCGGUGACUUCAGCAAACAGUCUGAUGGGAGCCUCUUCACUAAGACCGCCUACCCUUCCAUAGUGAGGCACCAGUCUGCAAAGGUGACGCCACAGACGUGGAAAUCCUCCUCCAAGCAGUCUGUAUUGUCCCAUUAUCGGCCCUUCUACGUCAACAAAGGCAACGGAGCCACCUCCAACGAGGCGCCCUGAGCUGCUGCGUGCGAGGAGAGCUCAGCGGAGGGAUUGUCGCAGAUGUCCCCGCUCCUGCCCACCCUGCUGCUCCCCCGGGCAGGGCAGGCAUGGCCCUGCCCUCAGCACACCAGGACUUCUCCCUCCCUGUCCCCUCCUUGUCACCCCCAGCUGCUCUGCCCCUCUGCGAAUUGUGGAUGCUUGGGUGGCACCCCCUGCUAGGCAGCUGUCCCUUUGUCCCCAGAGCUCUUAAACCCUGCUGGAUGCCCCAAAGCUCUUCCCAGGCUCCAGAUUUCCUCUCCACCCUUGUGUCACAUCCCCUGGUGGCAUCAGAGUCCCGUAAGCUCAGCUCUGCUCCUCACCUGCCCAAAAUCUCAGUAGGAUUUUCCCAGAGCUGGAAUUGUGUCACCACCCCCUGCUAGGCAGCUGUCCCCUUGUCCCCAGACCUGUCAAACCCUGCUGGACACCCUAAAACCCUUCCCAGGCUCCAGAUUUCCUCUCCACCCUUGUGUCACAUCCCCUGGUGGCAUCAGGGUGCUCCAUCAGCUCAGCUCUGCUCCUCAUCUCCCAGAAAAACCCCAGCGGGAUUUUCCUAGAGAUGUGGAAUGUGGCACCCCUGCUAGGCAGCUGUCCCCUUGUCCCCAGACCUGUCAAACCCUGCUGGACACCCUAAAACCCUUCCCAGGCUCCAGAUUUCCUCUCCAUGCUGGGGUCACAUCCCCUGAUGGCGUCGGCGUCCUCCAAGCUCAGUUCUGCUCCUCAUCUCCCAAAAAAACCCAGCAGGAUUUACCCAGAGCUGGAACUGUGUCACCCCUGCUAGGCAGCUGUCCCCUUGUCCCCAGAGCUGGACACUCCAAAGCUCUUCCCAAGCUCCAGAUUUUCCUCUCCAUGGUGGGGUCACAUCCCCUGGUGAGAUGGGACCUCCAUCAGCUCAGCUCUGCUCCUCAUAUCCCAAAAACCUCAGCAGGAUUUUCCCAGAGCUGGAAUUGUGUCACCCCUGCUAGGCAGCUGUCCCCUUGUCCCCAGACCUGUCAAACCCUGCUGGAUGCCCCAAAGCUCUUCCCAGGCUCCAGAUUUCCUCUCCAUGCUUGUGUCACAUCCCCUGGUGGCACCUCAUGUCCCCAGAGUCCUCCAUCAGCUCAGUUCUGUUCCCCAUCUGCCAAAACCCCCCAGCAGGAUUUUCCCAGAGCUGGGAAUUGUGGCACCUCAUGUCCCCAAGGUCCUCCAUCAGCUCAGCCCUGCUCCUCAUAUCCCAAAAAACCCCAUCAGGAUUUUUCCAGAGCUGAGGAAUUUGGCACCCCCUGCUAGGCAGCUGUCCCCUUGUCCCCAGAGCUGUCAAACCCUUCUGGAUAACCCAAAGCCCUUCCCUCUCCACCCUGGGGACACUCAUCUCCUGCUUGUGUCACAUCCCCUGGUGGCAUCUCAUGUCCCCAGGGUCCCCAAGCUCAGUUUUGCUCCUCACCUCCCCAAAAACCCCACCAGGAUUUUCCCAGAGCUGCUGGAGGUUUCCCAGCCCGUUCAAGUGCCCCUCCAGCCACUUUUUGGAAUUAAGAAAUAAAAAGCAAAUCCAUCCUAGUGAUACAAGAUUGAUUAGAUGCCAUAGGUGCUGGGUGCUUUUCUAGCUUGUGGUGGUUUUUCUUAAUUCCCUUAAACCAAAAUUGAUUUAUAUGCUGUAGUUCAUGUAUUUUAUAUAUUUUUUUUCCCUGCAGUGAGAAUUACUGCUACAGCUUUUUUUUUUGCUCAGGAUAAUAUUUUUAAUAUUUGCCCCCUGGACAGAUGGAUCACAUCCAGGGCUGGAGAACCAUUCCAUGAUCUCCCUGAGGGGAUUUUCCCUCUCCAUGGACAAGCUGAGGGGUUCAGUCCAUGCAGUGCAGGGGGAGAAAUGGAAAUAAGAGCCCUCAAAUGCUGAAAACCAAGACCCAACAGCUCCUUUUCACAAUUUGCUCUAUUCAAGCAGCUUUGGAAUGGCUUCCCCCCACUUUUCCCUGCUUGCAGCCCCUUGCUGAGGGAGGUCCCACCUCAAAACUCCUUCCUGGCUCAUCCCUUUGCAAAGAUACCCUGGCUUUUAACCCGCACCUCACCCAAAGCUCCUGGGGCUGAAUGUUGGUUGUCCAGAGCACUUAAAAUGUCACUUUAUGAUGAUUUUUAAUUUUUUUUCCCCCAUAAAGACCAGAGGGGGAAUGGGCAGGCAUGGUGAGGCAGGAUGUGACAAAAAGGAUGUGAAAAAUGGGAUGGAAUUGCUGGGAAAAGCACUGAGGGCUUUGAGGAUGUGUGUGAGAUGACAAAAUCAGCCCCCUCCAGGUCUCACUGUUUUGCCAUUGAGCAAGUCCAGUAAAACCUUGCACCACCUCCUUUUUAUGCUCCAAAACAUGGAAAUAUUUUCCUUUCCCUCCUCAGCUUGGAUGUUAAAUCCCCCCCACCCCUGUGUGGUGCCAGCUGGACCCUGCUGAGGCCACCCCUGUCCCCUCCUUGCUCCCCUUGCCCUCCCAGCCCAAAUUCCCACAGGAAUGGAGCUGCUCCCUGCUUGCCCCAGCCCUGGAGACACCAGAACCCCCCUGGGAUCCCCAUUUCCCCCCCCAGGAUGGGGCUCAGGGGGUUCUGGAACCUUCCCUGUGCUUCUCAAGGGGUUCCAGCCAGGCUUUGGGGUGUGCAGGAACUGUUUGGGUCCAGUCUUGGUCAGCAAAGCCCCAGGGAUUAUGAUGAUGAUGAUGGUGGUGAUGAUGAUGAUGGUGAUUCCUCCUCAGGACAGGUGAUGUAAACGAGGCCCCUCACGUGUGCACCACGCUGCAGAAAUAAAAAAUAAAGGAGAAA